AUGCGUAUUACUUCUAUUGCCUUGUUAUCAUUGCCCCUAGUUCUUGCUGCUGAUGGCGGGAUUUCUGCUGCUUUGGCGGAUUAUUCCAAUCUCCCAAAGAACUCAGCUGCACAAAACUCAUGGCUUAUGAGUUUCUUGGGUCAGUAUUCGAAGACCUUGCACGCUGAAGCAGGAUCCAAAACAGAAGACUCUCCAGGCUCAUACUCUUUUCCAACUUCUGUUGACAGUUCUGUUGCUGCUAUCAUUGCGUCCAUCACUGCCAAAGCAUCUAAACACAACGUAUCUGGUACUGAAUCUGGUUCUGCUUCCGAGACUGGUUCUGAAUCUGAAUCCGGGUCUGGAUCCAGUGCUGGCUCUGAAGCAAUUACUGCAUCCUCCGCAGAUCUGUCUCAAACCGAGCAGUCCGAAUCGAGUGGUGAAAGUUCAGGCUCGUCUGAAACCAGCAGCACCUCCUCUGGUUCUAGCUCUUCCUCUUCCCUGGCUGAAGCUGGAAGGCCAGGCCCCAUUUAUGCUAUUGGAGCUUUUGCUGCAGGAAUCUCUAUGUUAUUACUUUGA